AUGCAAUUCUCAACCGUCGCUAUCAUCUCUGCUCUCGCAGCAUCCGUCGCAGCAACCGGAAACUCAAGUGCCCCAGCAAAUGCUACAAUGCCUGUUGUCUGGGUUACUGAUGUUGUUACUGCUUUCACCACCGUCUGCCCAAUGGCUACCACUCUCUCUUUCAAUGGUGUAACUUACACUGCCACCGAGAGUGAGACUGUCACCAUUACCAACUGCCCAUGUACAGUUUCCAAGCCAGUUUACACCACCUCUUCCGUCAUCUGCAACGACUGCACUGCUGCUCCAACUGCCCCAGCCAGCUCUGCACCAGUCAGCUCCGGCCCAGCCUACGGUAACAGCACUGCUCCAGCACCAACCACCCCCGUUACCGGUGCAGGAUCCGUCGGAACCAGCUCCCCAUCCGAACCAUCCGCUACCCCAUCCGGACCCCUCACCAUCAACACCAACAACGGAAACCGUGUCAUGGCAUUCUCCGGUGCCAGCAUUGCUGGUUUCCUCGCUGCUGCUGCUUUCAUCUUGUAA